GGAAAAUGGCGCCGACCAUUCAAAACGAGUGGUUCUGAAAUCCUUGUGAUAUUGCCUGUUGUAUCUGUUUCAUCGUGUGUACAGUAAAGCUGGAAAUUUAAGAAAAUCUAUAAAUCUUAAAGAUGAAGCGAGUGCAAACACCUAACUUUACAUCUAACUUACUAUUGUACAAUGCCGCUAGCGUGAAAGCUCUUGAGCGAGAUGUAGAAAGCAGCAAUGAAGCUAUCUUUGGAGGAACGUGCAAAGGUGGCAAAUGGGCUUGGUUGGUGCGUGGUCAGUCGCUAGAAGUCAUAAACACUACUACAGGAGACAGACAAGCUGCUUGGUGUUUUGGUCGCGUCACAGGCAACACCAGCAUCACCAUCUCCUGCGUCAAAGAGUAUCAUUAUAACCAUUCCACAAAAUUUCUGGUUGGAUUGAAGUAUGGAUCAUCUGACGGUAUGCUGUGUGUUUUUGAUCCCAAUGUGUCUAAAGUCAUUACAGCUGUCUCUGUUCCUUACGGGAUAUCCACCAUUGAACCAGUUACCAAUGUUGGUGGGGUGAGGGCGCCAAACUAUAUGUUAUGUGCACAGUUGAAUUUAUUCUUCGGUAUUGUUGCUGUCGGCACAGAUAGAGGAUAUAUUUAUUUGAUUGACAUGAGGUUGGACGAUGUAGCCGAACUCUCAGAUGAGGGCAAUCCGUCAAGUUUUGUGACUAUCACGACCAGAACGCAAGAUGUGGCCGAAAAGAGAAUCAGCGCUACCAGACGAGGAGAACACUUAGCUUUUUUACUUGAUGAAAGCACCCAUAAGAGAAGUUCGUUUAACUUUUGCGAGCCAGGUGGUACUGUGAUUCGAUCCUUUUAUGCCUCAGAAGUGGCCGUGACAGCGUUACGUUUUAUCAAACAAACUGGCACACUAACUGUGGGUUACAGCUUUGGGUGUUUUCAACUGUGGAGAAUGGUUGGACCAGUGUUGGAAUAUUCCAGUCCACUUGAAAGAUUUACAUCACCGUUAACUCACUUUGCUUAUCAAGAACCCCAUGAUGAUCCAAGAUACUUUUGUUAUCUGUGGGUGUGUAAAGGACCAAGACCUUCUGAUCCAUGUCAAGAGUCUCCGGUGUCACUUUAUAUGUUCCAAUUAGUCUUUGGAGAAAGGGAAAUGCAUGAUGGUCAUGGACAUCUCUAUAAGGUUCUAGCGUCGUGUAAUCCGUCAUUUCGACAUGAGGUAACUGCUGACCCCUAUCGCAUGGGCGAUGCAAAUUCAGUUGGAAGCAGAUUGUUUACCUGUUGUACGCUGGAAAAUGAAUUUUCACCUGAUGCUGUGAAACAUGAGGAUUCCAUUGCAGAUGAAGUCGGAACCGUCUCCCACAAUGAUCUCAGUCUGGUAUUGUUUGCCUGGGAAGCGCCCUCUGGUGGUCCAGGUUCUCAGACCUGUUGUUUUUUAGCAGUGUUUGAUUUGAAUAGAUAUUACCAUGCUCAGAUGCCGGUCUCUGUCAACGGAUCACAAGAAUCACACGAUGUGUGUCCAUAUUUCUCCUUCUGCUCACUUGAGAGUGUCAUGGAAACUGCUGCUCCAGAUGUUCUUCUGGAUGUUUUUAUUAAUCCAUACCAGGUAUCAAAGUUUUAUUCCUGUGCGACUCCAGCGCAUGAACAACACUUGUACCCAUCAUCUUUUAGUUUUACAGCAACUUGUCUUAUGGAGACCGGCGUAGUAACAUCUCAGUAUCUCGGUGCACAACGACAGGUAUUGGCAGACAUCAACCGACACGGUGCCGUGGUGCUUCGAGAGCCGCAGGAAUACUUCAAUUUAUGUUGGGUAAUGGGACUCCUUCCAAGGACAAUUGAUCAGCCAGCAGCCACCAUGUCAGUGCAAAUGCAACGUGAGUCCCUGCUUACAGUGGCAUUGGAGAACAACAUGGCAGAUUUUAUUACAAUGUGUAUUACUCAAUACAGUGAAGGAGGCUUCUCUACAGGGUUCACUUUAAGAUCAAUUCUUGACUGGGCAUGGAACAAAGUAGCAAACAUUAAGGAAUCAUUGGAUAGAAUUUGUAUACCACUGUAUGAUGGCUAUGGGACUCACCUUGAUCAGCAGACUAUGCAGGCGCUAGACCAAAAUGCUUUGCAGCUAAAUCACAUGGUAUUGAUAUUCCAGGCUCUGCUUGAUCAGUCGGGGUCCACCACUGAACAAGACAAAGUCUGA